CGAUUAAAAUUUCUUUAGUGCAACACUUCCGUGAAAAGUAGCAUCAUCGAUCGAACAAUCGUAACUUUCAUCGAAUAAAAAUCAUAAUAAACAAAGAACUUCAGCCUUUUUAAACUUAUAUAAUUUGCGUCUUCCUAAUUUUUUUAAAAAAAUAUAUGUGAAACAUUUUAAAAUUACAAAAUGUUUAAUCAUUGUCACACAUUUUUAUUUGAUGGGGCUUUUCUUUAUGAGGAAUAAAGAAUAAAAAAAAUCUCCGAAGUUUCAGUGUUUUGAAAGUGGUUACAAAUUUGGUCAAGACAUUAUCUGAUAGUCUAUUUAGCUUCAAUGUCUAUCAUUAGUGACAGUUCCCAAGAAGCUUCUAAUGCUGCCUUAGGGGCCAAUAAUACACCUGUUUCCUCUCCGAAUCUUUAUAUCAAAGCUGAAACUUCCGAUAUUCCACAAGUGAAUGUAUUUAGAAACACUCCUGACUUGCUAAAAACAAGUAAUACAGCCACUGAUCAAGCUCAAAAACGAAGAAGUUCAUCAAGAUCAAUUAAAAGAAAGAAAUUUGAUGAUGAACUUGUUGAAAGUAGUUUAGUUAAAACUAGUCGCCCUCGGCCGCAAAAUGUGGCCUUUCCACUUUUGUCGGCUGCCAUUUCCCUAUCAUCUCCCACUGUUGCUGCGCCACCUAGCUCUGCUACCACUAGUCAAGCUCAACCUGAAAUUUCUAAUGUACCACCAGUUGAAAAAAGAAAGCCUAGACCUAAUCCAAAACGAGUAAAGAAACAGAAGAAUAAUCAAUCUCAUGUAACCAAAGAUGUGAGUCGAUGGAAACCUACUGAUGAUUUGAUGUUAGUUUUAUCUGUUCAGCAGACAAAUAGUAUUGAGACUGUGUACAGAGGAGUAAAGUUUUCUUCACCAUUUUCACUCAGAGAAGUUCAAGAAAGAUGGUACUCCCUUUUGUAUGAUGCAUCAGUUUCAAAGCCAGCAGUAUUUGCAAUAAAGCAACUUAAUACUGAUAUUAUUUCUCAAAUUAGAGCAAAGGUACUGUUUAGUGAAGAAGAAGAAAAAUUGAUUGCUUCUGUACCUUUUGAUAAAGGUAGUUUAGAAGUUUUUCAAGCUCUAUUAGAUUCGAAUGCAUCUGUUUUCUUACCAUCUCGCACUGCAAAAAUAUUGUACAUGCAUUGGUCUCUCAUGAAACAAUAUAACCUUUUAAAGGAUCAAACAGCUCAGCAGCAAAUCGCCGUAGAAAGUCUCUUAACAUUUUCUGAUGCAGAAGAGAUGUUUGAAGAUUCUGACCUGCAAGAUCCAAAGGAUUCAGUUCUCGAAGAAGAAACUGCUGGUGUGAAUAGAAAACACUUGCAGGAAAUCAAGCAUUAUGAAAAUGAAGUUCCAAAGUGGCAAGUUCUUGUUGACCUUGUAACAGGUGUUAGCUUGCCAGACUUUGACAGUAAAACUUUAGCUGUACUAAGGGGUAGAAUUGUCAGAUAUUUAAUUCAAUCACGAGAAGUUACGUUUGGACGUUCAGCUAAAGAUAAUACAGUUGACAUUGAUUUCGCACUUGAAGGUCCAGCAUGGAAAAUUUCUAGGCGACAAGGUGUUAUUAAAAUGGAUAAUAAUGGUGAAUUUUAUUUAAUAAAUGAAGCUAAAAAACCUAUUUUUGUUGAUGGAAAACCAGUUUUAAAUGGAACAAAGUACAAAUUGAACAAUAACUCUGUCAUCGAGAUUGCUGUGCUAAGAUUUAUAUUUAUUGUAAAUCAAGAAGCAAUUGCUGCCUUAAAAAACAAGAGUACAGUCUGAUUAUUUGAUAAAUAAAAAUUUGAAUAUUUCACUACUAUACCAACCCUUGUAUCUAUUUGUAAAUAAAUGUUUGUUAUUCUGCUUUAUUAAAA